AUGAAUCCAAAAACAAUUUUACCAAUUUGUAUGGGUGUACUCCUUCUUUGGACACUCAUUGCAUUGAAUCUAUUUCCAAUUAGUUUACCAACAUUUUUAUAUCGAAUUAUUCUUGUUGUUCCAUUUUUGGGAAUUAUGUUAUUCGGGUUUUAUUCAUUAUUUUAUUUAAUAUAUAAAGUUAUGAAUCUUAAAGAUUGUCCUCAAGCACAAAUUGAUUUACAACGUGAAAUUGAACGUAUUAGAACGGAUUCUCGUUAUCAAUCAUUAUUUCGUGGAAACAGCAAUACUCGCUAA